UUGUUUGUAUCUUGUAUGAACAGGGCUCGCAACUUAAAGUACAUAAAAAAUAUAUAAUUUUCGACUGAAUGAUCAUGUCGUAUUCAUUAAGGACACGUUUAUAUGGUAUUUUUUGCUGUAAACUCCAUCGAAGGCAGCUAUCUACAACAAAUGGGGCAAAGUCAGCAAAUAGCAGAGCUCCUCUUUUGCUUGGUGCCAUGCCUGUUAUUUCAUUUGGUCUUGGAACUUGGCAGGUUUAUCGUCUUCAGUGGAAAACGCUUAUAAAACAACUUGAAGAUAGAACAAUGAAGGAACCAUUGGAUACAAAAGAUGGUCUAGAUUUUUUACAAGAUGAAAAUAUGCAAUACAGACGUGUUAAAGUAAAAGGGAGAUUUGAUCAUUCAAAAGAAUUGCACAUAUUUCCAAGAUCGCGUAAUAAUGACGAGAGAGCAUCAACAGGUUUAGGUAUGCCUAAUGCAUCUGGAGCUCAAAUAGUUACUCCAUUGCAAUUGACAUCUGGUGAAAAAAUCUUGGUAAACAGAGGUUGGGUUGAUAGAACAAAGAUGAACCCUAAUACUAGACAACAAGGUCAAAUUGAUGGAGAAGUCGAGUUUGUUGCUUUUAUUCGACAAGGACAAAAACGUCCACAGUUUGUUCCGAAGAAUGACAUUGAAAAGAACCAUUGGCAUUAUUGUGAUCUCCAACAAAUGUCCGAGGUUGCUCAAACUUUACCAAUAAUGGUGGAUGCUGAUGCAGCAAGCACUGUAGCUGGGGGACCCAUUGGAGGACAGACAAGAGUUUACUUAAGGAACGAACAUAUGCAGUACAUCAUCACUUGGUACGGACUUUCCUUAGCAACUGCUUUGAUGUUGUACAAAUACAUGAAGCCAAAGGGUUGGAGAUGACAAGAAAAUGCUUGUAAAUGGGUUGAUGAAUCAAUGAAAUUUUAGAACUGUCAUUGUAACAGAAAAUUGUGAACUUUUUUUAAUACACCAAUAUCAUGGUUCAUGUAAGAAUAUAUCUUUAUCUGGCUUUUGCUUAAUUGAUAUUAACAAUUAUUGAAUGAUAAAUGAACAUCAUUUGCUAACGUUGAUAAAACAACGAUGAACACA